UUUCAGAAAUAGAAUACAGUCAGAGUAUGAAAAACGUCUGCAGUGUAUAACACGUGGUUAUUCUCUUCACGAACAAGUAUCGCAGUAGAUUCUCGUGUGCUUUUAUAAACAAAAAUUAAUUACGCGCAUGCAAUUAUUUACAUUUAUUAUUUUCUCGUGUUCAACUAAAUCCUAUUUGUAAUGGCUACGAUACAGUGCUUACCUGAGGAAAUGAUAAGUAUAAUUCUCAGUUAUAAAGAUAUUACUAUUGAAGAUAUUAUUAACUUUAGAUGUACGUGCAAACAAUUUUGUUACGCAGCCAAAAAUGACACGUCUAUGAAAAAAAAAUUUUAUCAGAGAUGGUCCUCUGCAAAAAAUUUUAUGACAAUUUGUUUAAGAUAAAUAAACAGAAAGAAUCUGAAGAAUAUGAACAAAUAAGAAAGAAGUUUAAAAAAAAUUCAAAUUUUAUAGAAAUAAGCAUAGAUAUUGUGGCACAAUUACGAAUGUACAUGUCUGAUAUCAGAUAUAAAAAUUGUGAUUACUUUAACUCAAUCAAUAAUAAAAUUUCUUUUAAAGAUAUGAUUUAUGAUCAUAAGACAAAUUAUGUUUUUAUAUAUACCAUAGUUAAUGAACCUGAAAAUUUCAUGAAAUAUUUGGUUUUCAUUGAUGAGAUUGAAAACUCGCUUACACAAUCUCCACGGAGAACUGGUUGCUAUUUAACCGAAAGAUAUUGUUAUGAAAAAAUAUUAGACAAAAUAAAGAUACAAUCUCUAAUGAAAGAAUGGGAUGAGUUAUUAAAACUAUCUAUAGAGAAUAUGGUUUUGGAAUGGGGUGCUACUUUUGCGGCCCAAUCUAUUCAACUCAGAAAGAAUGUAUCUUAUUCGGACAUACAAGCAUCGCUAAAUAAUAUCGCAUUAGAGGUACAGAAUUACCUCAAAGAAAAACAUCCCGAGCAUUCGAUAUUCGGGACGUCCGCUGAAACAUUGUCUUAUUGGAAAAACAAUAAUAUCUGGGAGACUCACUGGAACGAACCAGAAGGAAUACAGAUUAUUGAUACAUUGAAUGAAUAUAUAUUUGACAAAUUAAAUUUUCGAUUUUGCAACCCAGAAGACACAAAUUUAGAAUACAUGUGCAUAGAUAAUGUAUUGAAAACUAAAUAUGGCCAAAAAAUAAUUUUAUUAACAAUAUAUCACGGCGUGGCCAGAAGACUUGGUCUAUAUUGCAAUGUAAUAGUAGAAACAGAGGACACCUAUAAUGGACCUUCUCUAGGCUAUAGAUACUUUACUUAUUGUUAUGAAAAUCAUAUAUUUAAUUUAAAACCUAAUUUACCUACUAAUUUACCUACUUUUCCUAUGUAUUGCAUACGUUGGGUACCAAGAUAUGCUACGGAUGAAUCAGAAACUGAAAGAUGUUUAAACAUAAUUUCUAAAAAAUUCCCGUAUUGUCUUGUCUACAAACGAUUCCGACGCUAUGAGUUGUUGAUUCAUUCAUCAGAAAUUAUAUAUCAAAAUUAUGACAUAAUAUGUUUUGAAACGAUACGAGAAGAAAUAAUGAUGGGAGCUGUGGAUUUGACAUGUAACUUUAACAACAGUUUUCAGAUUAAUAAGCGUAAAUCUGCUCCCUAUUUGAAAUAUAUAAUUCCCAAAAUUUCCACUGAAAAAAGAGUGUUUAUUACAAGAUCAGACGAUGUAAAAUUUGCAAUAGGAAUGAUCGUAACACAUCAUAAUAUGUGUGAAGAUAAUUGUACUGGAGUUAUUAUUGGAUGGGAACAACAUACAAACACAUAUGUUAAAUUCGACGAAGAAACGAGAUGUAAUGAAAUAUAUGCAGAACUAGAUAUCUUGCCACUGAAUCACUGUUACAAUCAACAGUUUAGAGAUCACGAACAAACCAAUUACAUUAUUCUUACCGAUAACAAUAAAAUCUGUUAUGUCAAUGAAGGUUCUAUAAGUUUGACAACGCCGAGAUGGAUUAAUAAUAGUGAAAUAGGUCGCUACUUUUGUAAAUUCGAAAACACACAUUACGUACCAAAUGAAACGCUGGCAACAGAUUUCUCGCUGGAUAUUCCCAUAUUAACCGCCCAGAGUACUUAAACAACAAUAUCUGGCGCCUAGAGAUUGUGUAACAGUGAACUGCUUUUUUUCGCCUGACACUUUUUGGUCGAUCUUUUUAAUUAAUUUCUUCUUAAUAAUUAUAAAAUUCGCGAAAUUGUGGAAAACGUUCCGAUCCGAUUUAAAUCACUGUAUUUGUACCCAAGAGAUAAUGCGAUUAUUACAUAUAAUACACGAUAUGUAUAAAA